CAUUUCCUUUUGGUCUCUUCUUCGCUUUACAGAUAAGUCCUGGCUAGUAGUUCACAUUAGCAAACCCCAUUUUAAUGGUUUUUAUUUUAAUCUGAAAGUCUUUCCUUCUUCUUCUUCUUCCUUCUUCUCCGGACAAGGAGAUAUUUUUCCUUUUUUAUUUUAUUUACUGCAAUAUGUAGAAAAAUUAGUCUCUCAUUUUUGAUUUUUGUUUUUGCAAGGAAUGAAAAAUCAAGAAGUUUGUAGUGUAAUACUGUUUGAUUCAGUAGUUGAAGAAACUUUAAAUUACCACUUCUUCAGAUAACAGGAAGAGUGAGGAUCUAAUUAACUAACAACAAGCAGAAAUUGGAUUUGAUGAUGAGAGGAGGAUCUGCGACUGCUGCUGGUGGUGGAUACAAUAAGUUGGAUAGAGUUGUUGUUGAGAUGGAGAAGAGGAAAGAGGAUGCUGUUGGUGGUGGUGGUGGUGGUGGUGGUGGUGGUGGAGGCAAUAACAAUAAUAAUAGUAGUAUGCCUUUUGUUGAUAGAAGUAAAGUGAGAAUUUUAUUGUGUGACAAUAACAAUAAAAGCUCUGAUGAAGUUUUUACUCUUCUCUGCAAAUGUUCUUACCAAGUAACAUCAGCGAGGACACCCAGACAGGUGAUUGAUGCACUUAAUGCAGAGGGUCGUGAUAUUGAUAUCAUUCUCUCUGAAGUUGACCUUCCCAUAUCCAAGGGCUUGAAGAUGUUGAAGUAUAUUAUGCGCGAUAAAGAGCUGCAGCGCAUUCCCAUUAUAAUGAUGUCUGCCCAAGAUGAUGUUUCUGUUGUUGUAAAAUGUCUAAAACGCGGAGCAGCUGACUAUCUUGUGAAGCCAUUACGCACCAACGAGCUAUUGAACUUGUGGACUCACAUGUGGAGAAGAAGGCAGAUGCUUGGAUUGGUGGAGAAGAAUAUCUUAAGUUAUGACAUGGAUUUGGCUGUGUCAGACCCAAGCGAUCCCAAUACCAACAGCCUAACUCUAUUCUCUGAUGACACAGACGAUAAAUCUCGCAAGACCAACUAUCGGAAGGAUGAUUUCAUUGCCACGACGUUCGCAGAGUCUCCGCUCAAGAAUUCUUCAGAGCUUCAGCUGGAUGCGCCAGGGCCUAGUGACCAGCGAAAUGGACAAGUUUCGACAAUUUUCAAGAAAAGUGGUCUUAAGUUUGGCAAGUCGUCGGCCUUCUUUACAUAUGUCAAAACCGGUGCAACUGCCGACAACCGUUCUGUGGCUGGUUGUAUGGACGAAAAUGCUUCUAGAUCAGUACAGCCAAGCGGCCCUAGCAGGGAAUAUACAUUUCGGACAUGUUCUAAUAAACAACAAGGAAGUGAUAUCGGAAGGCAAGAAACCGGAAUUUCACUGGAAAACUACUGUGUUAAUGAAGUAAUUCCUACCAGAGACAAUGUUCCUGGCAUCACAAAUGUUGGACGUUUGGACACUCGUCACACUUCGUUAGAAAGACAAAAUGAAUGGAACACAAAGGAGGGUGGCAGUAGGACUAUUAAUUUUGGGAGGCAGAAUACUCCUUUGACACCAUCGAGAAAUCAAGAUGGCAGGAUCUCGAAGGAGGAAGAGCAAUCCUCUACGCUUUUGUUAGCUCCAAGAAAUGAUGUUCAACUUAAUGCUUCUAGUGGACAGGGACACCCUCUGUUUCCUUAUUAUUUGCCAGGAAUGAUGAAUCAAGUUAUGAUACCUUCACCUGCUCAACUAUAUCAAGGGAACUUGCAAAAUAUGUCAAGUAAUUGUACUUCAGCAAUGUCUUCUUGUAUUCCUCUCCAGCAACACGCCAAUGUACCUGGGAUGGCAUCCUUUCCAUAUUACCCGUUUAUGCAACAUGGGCAAAUGACCACUACACACAUGUGGCCGCCAAUUGCAAGUGUGCCUUCAAGUGAAGUAAAACCAACUCAAGUUGAAAGAAGAGAAGCAGCACUGGUAAAGUUUAGACAGAAAAGGAAAGACAGGUGUUUCGAUAAGAAGGUCAGGUACAUUAACCGGAAGAAACUAGCUGAAAGGAGGCCUCGUGUAAGAGGUCAAUUUGUGAGACUAGCAAAUAGUAUAGAGGUUGAUCUGAAUGGGCAACCUACUGUUGAUGAUUCCGAUGCUGAUGAAGAAGAGGACGUGGAUGAAUAAGUGUUCAUUUUUGACAGGACGACACUAGGUAGAAGCCCUGGCAAUUUUGCUAUUCUCUCCAGUUUCCUUCUUUCAAGUAUCAUUUGCCCCCAUCUCGGUAGCAUCCAUUUUAGAGAUAAUCUCUUUCCAGGUGUGUCAAUCCUGUAAUUUCAUUUUUGUCAGAUCUAGAUUCAUGCUAAAAGGCUGACGAACUAUAUAGUUUACCAUGUUGUAGUCUUGUAAUUUGUUUUUCUUCGGAUCAUGCGACGAGCUAUAGUUUAGCACCACAAUAAUAUUGCUAGUGGGCAUUCUUAAGGUGAUCA